AUGGGAAUCCAAGAGCCUGAAGAGGUCUUGGCAGAAAACCUCACCGUGGUCACUGAGUUCCUGUUGCUGGGUUUUUCGAGCCUUGGUGAAAUUCAGCUUGCCCUCUUUGUGGUUUUUCUCAUUCUCUAUCUCCUCAUUCUUAGUGGCAAUGCCACUAUUAUCAGUGUCAUCCACCUGGAUCAGACCCUCCACACACCAAUGUAUUUCUUCCUUGGCAUUCUAUCAACAUCUGAGACCUUCUACACCUUUGUCAUCCUACCCAAAAUGCUCGUCAAUCUGCUGUCUGUGGCCAGAACAAUCUCCUUUACCUGCUGUGCCAUUCAAAUGUUCUUCUUCCUGGGUUUUGCUAUUACCAACUGCCUGCUGUUGGGUGUGAUGGGCUAUGACCGCUAUGCUGCCAUUUGUCACCCUCUGCAUUACCCACUCCUUAUGAGUUGGCACGUGUGUGGAAAAUUGGCAGCUGCCUGUGGGAUUGGAGGGUUUUUGGCUUCACUUACAGUGGUAAAUUUAGUUUUUAGCCUUCCUUUCUGUAGUGCCAACAAGGUCAACCACUACUUCUGUGACAUCUCCCCAGUCAUUCGUCUGGCUUGUACCAAUACAGACGUUCAUGAAUUUGUCAUAUUCAUCUGCGGGGUCUGUGUACUUGUGGUUCCCUUUUUCUUUAUCUGUGUUUCUUAUCUCUGCAUUCUGAGGACUAUCCUGAAGAUCCCCUCUGCUGAGGGCAAACGAAAAGCCUUUUCCACCUGUGCCUCUCACCUCACUGUGGUUAUUGUUCACUAUGGCUGUGCUUCCUUCAUCUACCUGAGGCCUACAGCAAACUAUGUGUCCAACAAAGACAGGCUGGUGACAGUAACAUACACCAUUGUCACUCCAUUACUAAAUCCCAUGGUAUACAGCCUCAGAAACAAAGAUGUCCAACUUGCUAUCCAAAAAAUGUUGGGCAAGAAAGGAUCUCUAAAACUAUAGAAUUGAAGGGCCAAGCAUUGUGGCUCAGCAGGUUGAGUGACACUGGCAUCCCAUAUGGGUACCCGCUGGAGUCCCUGUUGCUUCACUUCCCAACCAGCCCCUUACUACUGUGCCUGGGAAGGCAGUGGAAAAUGGCCUGAGUGAUUGGGACCCUGUCACCCAUGUGGAAAACCCUGAUGGAGUUCCAGGCUCCUGGUUGCAACCUGGCCCAGCUUCAGCUUUUAUGGCCAUUUGUGGAGUGAACAGUAGAUGGAAGAUCUCUCUCUCUCUCUCUCUCUCUCUCUCUCUG